GAGCCUGAACACGCGCUUUGUGCACACGUGGCGCUUCAAGCGAGUGAAUGAGGAAGGCAAGUGGCUUCGCCGAGCUCGGCUUGUGGCGAAGGAGUUCAAGCACUUGGACAAGGCCCUGUACACGCACCAUCGCCAGAGCAAAGGUUGGAUCAUGUGUUCCUUCGAUGUGCAUGACGCUUAUUUGACCGUGGAUCAAAAGAAGCCGACCAUCAUCACCACAUCUCUCUCAGGCGAUGAGAUUUCAUUCUUGAAGCGCAGGCAUGUGCUCCUGGAAGAUUACACGUUAGAAGCAAGGUUGAAGAUGAACUUGAGGACCAAGCCCGAGCUGACCGAGAUGGGAGACCGCAAGAGCAAUGGUCGCGCCGAGCAGACAUGCCAGUCCAUUCGGCAGAUGGCUGGAGUUUUGCUUGAAGAUUACGAGGACAAGGUGAAGAAGCACGAUGGUGCGCCUUUAUCAGCUUUGCUUCCCACAGGCCAGAUCGUGGAGUCAGGCGUUGCGAAUGACGAGGCAGCAUCGGACCCGCCAAUCACCAGCCGAUGA